GGUCACACUAUUCCUUCCUCUAGAUGCUGUUCAUGGCGGCUCCCAGGACCACCCUCAGCCUGGCCAGCGGGCAUGAGGGCCAGGCGGGGCAGUGGUGGCGGCUGUGGUUGAGAGGCGGUGAGGAAGAGCGCGGCAAGGCCUCCAGUGGUGACCCCGCGCCGCCUCAGCUUGACCAAGAGCGAGACGCAGCCGGAACCGAGGCAGGACGGGGCGUGGUGGUGCGCACUCAGUUCUCUGAAUCCAUCUUUGGCGUAUCUGUGGACUCGCUGAUGCCGGGGAAGCGUCGGCGUCUCCUGAACCUCACCGUCACGCCACACACUGGAAAACACUGGCAGGUGAGCCUACAUGUGCCAAUUAUCUCUACAGCCCUCGAGUGGGAGACGAAGCUCUGGAAAAAUCAGGGCAAGCAACAUUGGGAAGUUAAUGGGGAAGUCAAGUCUACCAAAUCUGACAUAUCGUUAGAAUUCGUUCACUUCAAGCAGGAGAAGCAGGACGAGGAGACUCAGGUCACGGAUGACAGAGGUGAGGCUGGCAGGUGUGAUGCUGAAGGUUGUGGGGACGGCAAUGUCAAGGAGCCAAAAGCCAAGUCGCGGCACCACGUCGACAGUGAUUGCGACUCAGAUUUAAGAAAAGAACAGACAGUAGACCAGAAUGAAGUUUGUAGUGGUCGAGAUCCUAAAUCAGAAGACUUAAAGCAAAAUGAUCAUGAUUCCGUAAUGGUAAAUGUAGACGAAGAAUGUUCCAGGAAAGCGGAGUGUGAUGGACCGGAAGAGUCAGUGUCAAGUGACGCUGUUCAAGAGACUACACAAAAAUUAACUUCCCGGGUUUUCAGCCUUUCUUCCAACAUGAAGACUUACGUCUCAUCUGACGGAGGACGCUGGAUUCGGAUCCUGCAGCGCACACACCUGGCAUUCUGUCCUCGCCUUGGCUGGAACUUGAACCAUCUGGGUGGAGUGGCAUUCUCACUACAGACUGGAGACCCGUCCACUUAAAGGACCCGGUUGGAGUUGGACACAAAAUUCAAGAGCAGAUUUUCAGCCGUUAAAAUAUCUUAAAUCUUCCGAUAAGAUUUAAAUUGGGUAAUGUUGGGUUUGCUGUAGUGAAUUACCAAGACAGAAGUCCAUGCAUGUGUCUGGGAUGUAAGGAGGGUAGAAAUGUCUCCCUUCACACCACAGGAGGCAGCACCACCGUGGCAGGACCCCAGAGUCAGGUGCUGUGCUGGGAGGAGACGAACAGCAGCAGUAGUGAAAGAAUCCAUUGGUGGUGGUGGUGGUGGUGGUGCAGCUGUCCACUCCACAGUGACCGUCUUGCUUCAACAUGCUGUCUUCCCACACCUGCAAUGAACAACACCUCUCCUGUGAUGAGCAACACUGAGUAACACCUCUCCCCUGCAUCAGCAACACUCAGCAACACCUCUCCUGUGAUGAGCAACACUCAGCAACAUCUGCUUCUCUUCACACAUUCAUUCAAGCCUCUCUCUCUCUCUCUCUCUCUCUCUCUCUCUCUCUCUCUCUC